UUCCCUUUUUGAGACGUUCGUCUCAUUCUUUCGGUCAACGUCUCUAAAGUUUAUUUCGUCAUAACAUUUGAAAUUUAAUGCGUUGAGCAAAGGAAUUUGGUAACAUUUCAUUUAACGGUUCGGUUAUUGAUACAAAUAUAAAUAUGGCAUCGAUGUCUGCUGAAACGCAACAGGAAUCGAGGGAAGAUGUUCCUGGUCUCCCACCUCUACCACCUCUACCACCUCCGAUGGUUGGCCUGUGUCUGUCUCCACGUCAGUCCUCAGUUCAUACAAGCACACGGCAGACCUGCCAGAAGGAGAUGCAGUUUUUGCUGAAGGGAGCUGCAGUUGAUGGCCAGGAUGGCUGUGGUGUGACCCCAUUGCAUCAAGCUUCCUUUUUAGGAGAUUUCAGAUCAGUUGAAGUCUUGCUGGCAGCAGGAGCGUCAAUCAGAAAAGGGGAUUCUGUAGGAAGGACUGCUUUUCAUCGAGCAGUGGAAGGCAACCAUUUUGAACUUGCUGAUUUUCUUUUGUCCCAAGGGGCUGACAUCAAUGCUGUGGACAAUCUAGGCUGGACAGCUUUGUAUCAGUGCAUUGUAUUUUGUCAGCGGUAUAAUGUCAAGUACUUGCUGACCAGAGGAGCCUCACCUAAUGGUCAGGACUACAAAGGAGAAUCUCCCCUGGUUAUUGCUUGUGAUCCUCUGCGUCAUGGCAACAUCUACACAGUCCUGUCAUCAGCCAUGGACUUCUACAAGCGAGUGAAAAAAAUACCUACUCCAGCAUUGCAGAGUCUUUUGCUUGGUGAAAGAGAGUGCAGCAACUGUGAGCUAAAGAUUGUGCAUCAGCUGAUCAGGGCAGGUGCAGAUGUCAGCCAGGCACCAGUGAGAUUGUUGUGGCAGUCCCCACACUGCUCCCAGUCCCGAUACAGCAUGAUUCGUUACCUGGUGCUUUGUGGCUCCAGAAUACAAGCAGAUGACCUUGACAACAAGCUGUUCCCAAAUCAGACUGAGAAGUUUCGAAAGUGGCUUCAGGAACAAUUUGUACAUCAGAUUAGCCUGCAGAGGCUGUGCCGCACUGCUGUUCGGGGUUCUCUUAGAAAAAGAGGAAGGGAUAUUCAAGAAUCAGUGAAUCUUUUGCCUGUGCCACAAAAGAUGAAACAGUUUUUGAAUGUGUCAGAAUUUUGGACAUACAUGUCAAAGAAUCAGAUAGCUGAUAGACGUUGUAGCGUAUGCUCCCAAAACUGCUUGGAGUAGAUUCUUCCACAUUCUGGAAAUUUUACAUUCUGUCAUCCUUUAACUUUGAGGUCUAAAUGCUUUGAGAGAGAGUGUGGUCUGUGUAGAUGUGGACAUGUACACAUGCUCAUACAAAUGUAUGUUGGUAUACAAUAAGUAAUACAAAUGAAUUCUGCUGCAACAUUAAUUUAUAGCAUGGUUCCUGCAGAAGUCAGGUAGCAAAGCAUACAAUCUUGCUAAGUUAAAAUUUAAACAGCAAUGUAAUUUAUAUUUUAAAGUAAUCCUUGAUUUAUCCCUUUUAUUUGAGCAUUUUCUUGUGUGGAGAGAAGUGCACAGGAGGAACUUGUGACAGUUUGCUUUGAAAAAAUGAGUCUGAUUUGGUUGAUAAAAGUAAAAAUAUCACCGCUUAAUGUUGUAGUAGUCUUUGCUAUUGGAGACAUCCUUAUGCCAAAACAUUGAAUUCAGUCAUUCAUUGUGGAGAUAUGCAGUCAAGAUGAUAGAGAUGUACUCUUUGAAGCAAGAAGUUAAACAUAUGCGGUUUAUUUUAAUGUUGACAGAUUUAAAUAAAAUAAAAAUCAGCGGACUUAGUGUCAAGAGCACCGACAUUUCCAAAACUAAUUUAAGUUGGUUGGUUUAUUGAGUAGGAAAGUGCUUCCACCUUACAGCGAUUUUGCACUAUGGUGGGAGAGGGAGGGGGGAGGAAACUCCCAACGCCUAGCCCUACAAACAUAAUCUAAGUGUGAAUCAUUCCUAGCCUCAUUCAAGGGAAGGUGUGAUAACUGCAGGUGUUAAAGAAAAAUGAAACUGAAACUGGAAUCAGAAAUUAAUCUUUUGCAUAUGUAUGGCUUACUCUGAUGGAAUGUUAUAUUUUACUGUUAUACUUGUUAGUUUGUAAAGGGUAUUACUAUGAUGAAGUAAUUUAUUUCCACUGAUUUAAUGAUGAUAAAACAGUUAAAAUCAUUAUCUGUUUUGUACAUAUUUUUGUGUCUUUUAAUUUUCUUGUUGUUUAAUUGCAUGUGAUAAAUAGAGCCAAUGUGUGAUCAUUGAACCAUCAAAAAUGAAGCCAGUUGAAACAAAUUUGCCAUUUGUGAUAUUAGUUUCUGACCAGUUUUUAAUUUAUUAAUAUUAAUUUAAUGAGGAGAGAGCAGUUGCAAUAGCUGCCAGAGUUGGUGUGCUAUGUAUGUGAGAGUGGAUGGUGGUUUUAACGGGCGUUAAUAACACUGCAACAUUGGUGAUACCUAUAGUACUGGGACCUCCUUUUAGAUGAGCCAAAUUAUCGUAUGCAAGUAUUUUACACGACUUGUAUGCUAUUACAUUCUUUCAUUGUUUUUUGGUUUUCACGUCAAGGCUUUUCGGGAAAGAGUGGAGGUGGGGAUGGUGCUCGUGAACGGUGUGGCGAGAUUUUAAGUGACUGGCUUGUGAACAUUACCUAACGCUCCCCUGUAUGGUUAUGUUAACAUGGGGUGGUAAAAGUAUCGUAAUAUCUGUCACCCAUGCCCCCAGCUCCCUGGGGCUACUGUUUCGUGUUUAAUAGAAAGCGUAGGAACAUUGUAACAAGCAUCGUGGUAUAGUAUCAGGACAUUAUAAGUCAUUUUGCAGAGGGAUAUGCAACGUUUUCCAAGUCUUAUCAUUGUUAAGGGCAGCAAUAACAAAAUAUAAAAAGCGUAUGUAUUGCAAAUGUGUUGACAAACAAGUCUAGAGUUAGCAUGUUAUAAUGACCCAAAUGUUUUCUCCAAAGCCAUUGGUUUCCUGGGACCAUCGCGUUUCAAAUGUUCUGCAGCAGUCGUCCUUUGAAAACAACCAUCACUCUCUCUCUAAAGUAGCAGCAAUAAUAAGAACAGUUUUUUUUCAAGACCAACAGAUGGAAUUAAUGAAAAGUAUGCGUGAGAAUGAAAAUCUAACAAAAAGGACCGGAUAAAUACAAAGAAACGUCACUGUCAGACAGUAUACAGUAAGUGAAAGAGUGUUUGUGUGUGUGUGCGCGCGCGCGUGCAGUUGUUUGAAUCAAAGAGAGAGAGAGGAAUGGACAGACACAGAGAACAGUUUCAGAUUGCAUCACGCACAAACUUUCUCAUUGUGUUAGUAGGAUCACAAAAUAUACAGAUGACCUUAGUCCCUGGGUCAUACGGCUGGUUAUCAAACAUGGACAGUUGUGGUGUGUUCUUUAUUUCAAUAUUUGUUUGGUUCUCGCCAACACGUGAAGCCAUGAGCUCAACUGAUGCUGUCAAAAACACGUGUCAAAGUUUGAAUGGUUUCGCUUUAAUGCAGAAGGAUUUUUGUUCUUUGUGUCCUCGUAUCACAUAUUAAGUAAAAAGAAAAUAAAGGCACACAAUAGCCUACUAAACACAAAUGUAGCUACAUAAUUUUGAAACAUUUUUAACAGAAUCCAUGUUUCUAAGACGGGAUCAACUGGAAUUAAGAAAGAUAUCAUUUUCUUUCACUAUUGAAGUGUUUUCGAAAUCA